GACUUCCGCACGGGCGGCGCAGGCGCACGCGCGGCGGGUGGCGGUUGGCGGAUGGUGUGUGUGUUGUGUGUGUGUGUGAGGGACGCUCGAGCCCGGGGGCGGGGGGUUGAAGAUGGAGAGUCUCCCCGGGGACGUGAGGAGCCUGAUCACAGAUCUUGAAACAUUUGCACUUGAGGUAUUAAAGGGAGAGAACCUGUCCAAGAAGGCAAAAGAGAAGAAAGAUGCACUUUUGAAAAAGCUAAAGGAUGUCAAAGCAAGUUAUCCUCAAGAAUUUCAGGAGAAAGAGGCAUCAGAUGAUUCAGACAACUAUGAAGAACCUUUGGCAGAUACCAUUUCAAUGACAUCUGAACGUUUCGAUAACCAGGAUGAAGCUUCCCCUGAUGUUCAGCGAGCCCCUCCAAUACCUGCACAGGAACUACCCCAGGUCCUGAAAACUGGAUAUUUGGAAAAGCGGCGGAAAGAUCACAGCUUCUUUGGAUCUGAAUGGCAGAAACGUUGGUGUGCACUUAGCAAUAAUGUUUUCUAUUACUAUGGAACUGAAAAAGAUAAACAGCAGAAAGGUGAAUUUGCCAUAGACGGAUACAUAGUGCAGCUGAUAAACAGCCUCCGGAAAGAUGGAAAGAAAGAUUGCUGUUUUGAACUCUGUGCGCCUGAGAAACGACUUUAUCAGUUUGCUGCAGCUACUCCACAAGAAGCUGAAGAAUGGGUUGAACAGCUUCAAUUUGUAUUGAAAGACAGAGAAUCUGGUAUGAUCCCAGUAGAUGAUGAUGAUGAAGAAACGUAUGAUGAUGUAGAUACAAGUGUGGACACAAAUGUUAAAACGUUCCAAACCAACCAAGAACCAAUAGACGAUGAUAUUUAUGAAGAGCUUCCAGAAGAAGAAGAGAAUUCCUCAGUUCCUAUAGCAUCAUCAUCUAUUGAAGUUGAAAAGAUGAGCCAACAUAACAGUGGCAGUUUGAUGGGAGAGAAAGCAACUGACCAUGCAAAUUACUACCAAGGAUUGUGGGAUUGCUCAGGGGAUCAAGCAGAUGAACUUUCUUUUAAACGUGGUGACGCUAUCUAUGUGGUUAGCAAGGAAUAUAAUUCAUUGGGGUGGUGGGUAGGAGAAAUGAAGGGAACUAUUGGCUUGGUGCCUAAAGUGUACCUAAUGGAGAUGUACGACAUUUGAGAAGGCCUGGUGUGGCUAAAUGAGGAUAUUUCACCUGUCAAAUAUUUCUGAAAAAUAUCUUCAUGAAGAAAUACUCUAUCUGUACCACACAGAUUGCAUCAGAUUGACCUACUUUUACAAGAAACUAACUCUUCUUUCCACUCUUGCAGCAAUACAUUCAGACUAGUAUAUUCCUUUGGGAUACUAAAAAUGUACAACAUAAAGGAGAAACAUGUUACAUAAAAUGAACACUGGUGUAGAUGCUGAUUGCUUGCUUUUUUUUCUAAUUUUCAGUAACUUGUGGAAUUACUCUUUAGAUCUCAUGGUACAUUGUUUAUUUCCCAUUAGCAAAACAUUCCCACAAGAGUACAAAAGGAGAAUGGUAUUAUACUGUACUUGACUCACAUAUUACACAACAACAACAACAAGAUUCCAUUUAUUGAGCGCCUUUCACGUCGGGAGGACGUCCCAAGGCGCUGUACAGUUGAAAUUAGAGUAAAAACAUGCCACAAAAUAAUUUAAUGUUUUGGAAUGUUUAUCAAAAUUACACAAAGUAAUCAGGUGUGUGAGAAAUAAAUCCGGUAUUAUAGCAUAUUUUAUCUAAUCCUGUAAUUUUGUGUAGCGAUUCAUGUUCCCAUUUGGAAAAAAACAUUUACUUCGCAAAAAUGUUUAUGAACGUCAUAGACGAAUAAAUUAUUAUUAGAAUAUGGUCUGUGGCUUAUUUAUUUCAUAUCGAUCCAAUUUGUUUUCCAGAGAAAGGAUUCGGCCAAAUUUUUACAGUAUACUGUAGAUUUACUACAGUAUACUGUAAGAAAACACUAGAUGGCAGUAGUUUUCUAUUGCUUCAUAACUGUUUUCUUCUUUUUUUCUACCAACCCCCCUCCCCCCCACUGUCACACACACUAGAACCCACCCACCUAUAAUGAGGGCUUGUGUGUACAAGAGAAAAAAAAUUAAAAAAUGGAUUAAAGGCAGGGCAAGGCAUGACUAUCCUUGGCCAGGAGAGGGAGUUCUCAUCCACCACUAUGGUGCUUCAGCUCCGCAAUUUAUUUUAUAACAAAGAUAACAUCAUCUUAUUAACAAUAUAAUCUAUCCUCUUGCCACAGAUGUGAAAUCGAGAAGCAGUUAAGUGUUUAAUUAAAUUAUUUCCUCGUUAUUGUAAUUAUCUUUCAUCAUUUCACUGAUACAUUAUUUUUAUUUUUCUCUGCUUAUGCAGCAUUAUGAACUAUAGCUCCCAGGGAUUUCACACUGGUUUGGUAUAAUGACAUCUUUGCUAAAUAUGUAGCUAAUAUGUUUGCACUGGUUUCUAAGACUUGUCAUUAUAACUUAAUUAAUUGUAUUUUUUUUAAAAACUUUAAAAUGUAAGGUGUGACUACUGUGUAUUUUCCCCUUCCCAGUCUGUCUAGAAGUAACUGUAAGCACUGUUUUCUGUCUUGUCUGUUCUACUUUAUUGAAUCUUGUUCUAAUGUUCCAGUCUGCAGAUUUUAAGGUUCAAAUAAAGUUUAAUUGUGUGCAAACUGUUGUUAUGCUAAUAAUUUAAAUGCCUGCUGUGUAACUAAUGAAAUUACUGUGUUAUGAUUAAUUUGGAAACUGGUAUGUUGAUUGUAGUAAUUGAACACAACAAGGUGAAGUAAAUGAUUACAAUACCAUAUGGCCUGUUAAUCUCAAAA